GAGAGAGGGAGAGAGAGAGAGAGUCCUCACGAUCUCUGACGCAUGAGUCAGGUGCUUCCUCUUAUAGCGCACGGAGCUGUCCGCGGUGCUGAAAACACCCUCUCCUCCACUGACAGGCAGAGACAUGCUCAGCUCUCUCCUCCGCUCUUGCUGCCGCUGCUCUUCUUAAACUCUCCACAGGAACUCAUCACAAAGGUGUCACCAUGAUGCCACUCCUGGACACCUCCACCUCCAGCAAACUGGUCCUGCUCUGUUUUUCCAAACUGCUUUUCGUCCUCCUCUUCCUCACUUCCUCUUGUGUUCAUGGGGCAUCGCUGGUAGAAGACAAAGUUUGGGGAAGCGAAUCUGGCUUCCAGAGAGGAACGCGUGUCCAACCGGCCCCUAAUGUGGACAUGAUGAAGGCCCUGGAGUACAUCCAGAGCCUGCGUCAGAAGACGGGCACCGAGCCCCAGCAGCACAGCCCACACUCUACAGACAGGGAUGGCAGUGACACUGACGACGCCGAGAGGCUGCGUGCACUUAUAAGACUCGCAUCCACCCCCAUGCAGGGCACGGACGAGGACAAGGAGCACGAGGAGGAUGAGGAAGAAGGAAAGGAGGACAAGAGCGAGGAGCUGCUCCAGGCCGUGCUCAGCACGCUGCAGCAGGCGGACAAGGCCUCGCCGCCGGUUUCCCUUCGCCCCACAGCGGAGGAAGAGGGGCCCAAAGACAGCGAGUAUCCAAGGAGGCAGCAGAAGCAGCACAGUAUUCCACUGCACAAGAAACUGCCCCUCAUGUUUGAGGAUGAGGAGGAGGAGGAAGAGCAGGGUGGGGCAGGAGAGGAGGAGGAGGGCGAGGGACUGGGUUCAAAACACGAGAGUCACCUCAAACGCACCAAUGAGAAUGUGGAGGAGAAGUACACUCCUCAGAAUCUGGCCACGCUGCAGUCGGUGUUCGACGAACUGGACAGGCUGACCAGUGUGAGGACCAUGAGCAAACGUCUGGACGAGGAGGAUGACCCCGAGGGCGGGGAAGAGGAAGAGGAGGAAAUGUUUAACGUGAGGAACGCGGCGUACGAUGACGUGGACAGAGAUCUGCCUCUGGACUGGGGUUUGCUUCGAGACCAGGAAGGGAAAGACGAUGAAGAAGAGGAGAACGACAAACGGGACGUGGAUCAAGACUUUGACUACGUGGACAAUGACAAGGAUGAGACGGAGAACGCUGAGGAAGAGGAGGAUGAAGGUUAUCCAGUCAAGAGGUCAAAGGAUCCAGAUGACGCAGCCAACCUCGUGGACUAUUACCUUCUGAAAGUGUUGGAGAAAACUGAAGAGGAGCAGAAACGAGAGCUGGUGGAAGAAGAAGAGGAGGAGGAGGAAGAAAAGGAGAGAGCGGAGAGGAGAGCUCCUCAGACGCUGUACAGAGACAAUAUCCUACCACAGAACCUCUAUCAGAUUAUCAAGUUCUCCCAGAAGUACAAGAUUCCACCUGAGGACGUGAUGAACAUGCUGAAAGCUGGACAAAUACGGAACCAGGGUCGUCUGCAGAAGACGAACAAAUUGUCCAGAGUUCCUAACAGGUUCACUCAGAUCCCCUCAAAGAACGUGCACAAGAUCCCAGAGGCGAGUUUCUACGGCAGGCGUCUGCCCUACGGCCAGAAAUCCCCAGAGCAGCUGAGGACGGAGGAAAUUCUCAAAAUCCUGGGGUUCGACGGCGCCGCCGAUCGAGCUCCCGUCAGAGAGAAGACGCCGUACAGAGGCUCGCUGUCACGACUUCACACUCAGCCUGCGGGGCGUCCGGGGGAAUCCACACUGAGGCGCUUUCCCACAACAUUAAAGAGUCGCUACGACAACGCUCUGGACGAGGACGAGCUGGCAGCGUAUUUGGCAGCUAAGUUGCCGACACAAUAUCUGAGGCCCACGUACAGGGCCAGAGGCCAAAAGCGAGAUGACGCCGGCUCCUUUGAACAGCUCAUACAGAAUUAUUUUGAUCACAUGGACACUGGAGAUCAAAGGCAAAAUGAAAAGAGACAGUCUGAGCCUGAGGGGAGCUUCGAAAACGAGGCGGUGAUUAAACUGUUGAGUUAUCUGAGCCCGGAAACAACAGAGGAAAAUAGUGAUGAUGCCAAAACUGUACAAGGAUAGGGUGGGGGAAAAACACGAGUGAUGUAUGUGUAUAUAUGCAGGAAGAAAAACAAAAGACCACGGCAAAAGAAGAAGUUCCAUCAGCAACAAACAAUAUUUAUAAAUAUAUAUUUUUCAAUUCCUAUAGCCUAAAUCACAAUAUAAAAAAAUACAGAUCCAGGAAAACUACAACUUCAACUGUUCAAAGUAGAAGAUUAAAACAAACAAAAAAAGUACCUGCACUGAAAUGAGAAGGUUGCCAUUCAGCUCACCUGCAGAUUAAAGGGAGAAGAAAAACCAGGGUGGUCUUUGUUUUUGUUCUAGUUCAUAUAUGUAUGUACAUGGAUGGAGUGAGAAAAAUCAACAUUGAGUUAUGAUGUAGUUUACAUUGGUAUUUAUUAGCAGAAAUGUAAGUGGUCAAACAUUUAUCUUUCUUUCUUUUGAUGCUUGUUUUUUUAAAUUAAAAAAAAAAAAAUCGUUGCUCAGCAGCUGACGACCGUACAUGUGACUCACCAGCCUUACAUUUCAACACACACACACACACAUCCAAAAAUCAGUGUUGCAUUAUUUUUAUGUAAAUCUUUCCUUGAAUGUUGUCAUACAGUAAGUGACAUACCUGAGGUUAAUAAAGCAUUGACUUUA